AUGGCAAAGAAAGGCAGCAAGGCGAAGGCGGUUGCCCAGAAAGAGAGCGAUACUCAGCCAACAAUUCUCAACAACGCCGGUAAAUCGCAGAAAUCAGACGUGCAGGGAAAGGCAAGCGAGGCCAAGGAAGGGCCUCCCCACCCAACAUCAGCUUCCAAGAAGAAGGCCAAGAACAAGGCCAAGACGAAGGCUGGAAAUGCGGGUUCCAAAGAUCAGGAGAGCGGCUCGAAGAAAGAUUCCUCCAACGGCGCCAAGCCUUCGAAAAAGGCGAAGACGAAGUCGCAUACCGCUCUACACUCAACGCCAAUAAAGUCAGCACCAAGUUCUGGCCAUCACAUGAUCACAAGAUCCGCUAAGAGAGCUAGUGAGGCUGGCGCGACAUUCCGUACUUGGCAGAAUACCAUACCGAAAGAUGCAAAGGUGUCACUACAGCUGGGAAAGGAUGGUAUGACAGCGUUUUUGCAGCACGCCCUGGAACUCAUCCAUUUCGACGAAAACAUCGCAACAGAUGUGAUCAGAGCUCUCGCGAGUGUCGGCGGCUUGGAGCGGUUGCGGGAAUUCUUGCAUCAAGAUUUCCACAGGAUGACUGACCGCGUCUUGGACUCGCGAUGGACGACGCAGAUUUUCCCUUUUCUACAGAUCUUGUCACACAAGGCUGUUCACGGACGUACCACAACCAAAGAAAGCCACAAGAGGAUACUCCAGUUGUUCCGUGGUCGAAAUGCUAGUCAGACGGUCGAUUUAUUCAGGAGAAUUGUUCGCUACCUUACUACGCAUGAUACUGGCAGGCUCGAGGCUGUCAAGGCGAGCACUUUGAUACUUACUGAAUUGUUUGAGGGGCCUGACUCCUCUCAGACCUGUGCUAUGAUGCGGCCCACGGCCAGUGCCUUGCUCUCCUUGGUUGAUGAGAACCGCGCGCACGAUCCAUUGUUCACUCGACUCGCUCGUUUGAUGCAGCAUGAGCCGAUUUCCUCAGAAGAGAGAAUCACAGCUCCGACGUUUCCAAGAGCAACGACUACCACGCACAUCUCUCCACAUAAGUUACAAGCCGCCGAAGGAGUUUCAAAUCAAUCCGCGCCUGCCGGUCCACGCCACGAUAACGACAGCGCUGACAUCAGAAGGAUCCAAAUACUUCCAACCAUCCAAGAGAUUCAUAGCUCUCGCGCUGAGUACUUGCCCAGCGAAGACCCCAGCCAAUGGCAUCUAUCUGGCCUUUCUGGUCUGCUUGAUCGUCACUUUCGAUUGUAUCGAUACGAUACAUUUUGUCAAAUCAAAAGAACCAUCAAACUCGAGCUCGGGCGUUUGUGUAAUUUUGAUCCCAAGGAUACCACUGAGCUUCUCGGGACUCGGAUGAACUCGUAUGAUAAUGUCCAACUUCAUCAUCCCGAGAUCAACGAUCGCAAUGGCUUGCUCUUGGUCUUGUCAUUCGAUCAGCCAAAGCAACUUCGGAACGUGCUCCCGAUGGGUCGUCAGAAGUGGUGGGAAGACGCGAAGCGGCUCGCGCCAGGAUCUUUCGUUUCUCUGGUGUCUUCUGCUGGCGACGUGAUAUUUCUGCAAGUACAUUCUCCACCUCCGCCGCCCCCUAGGCCGCCAAAGCAACCUCGCCGGUUGUUGCACGACGAGUUUACUCUGGCGGGCCAUUAUGAGCGCGCCUUUGUGAUUGUAGAGCUUGUUGAAAGGGAUGCCGUCGUUGCCACGAGGGUUUUUAAGGCUUGCACUGGCUACAGAAGGAACGCCGAGCGUGUACUGCUCGAGUUUCCUGGCGUAAUACUGCCUGCCUUUCAACCUACCCUGGCGGCACUUCAAGACAUGACCGCAUCGCUUGACUUUCCUUUCCAAACAGAACUGGUUCCUGGCAAGGCUGCUUCGAGUUCGAAGCCUCCCGCCUAUUCGCUCGGGAGUGGGUUCCGCUUCGAUCUGACAGAUCUGUUUGGGUGUCGUGACCAUCUGACGGCAAGAGACAUCAAAUUGGUGACAGCGAGCUCUGUCCGAGAUAUCGGGGCUGCCAUAUCAAAGAGUGAUCUUCUCGACGAAACCCAGCGAAAAGCAGUGCACCAUGCCCUCACUCACUCGUUUGCACUCAUUCAAGGACCUCCGGGCACGGGGAAGUCCUUUACCGCCGAAAAGCUGAUUCAGGUUCUGCUGCGCAACAGGCAGUCAGCCAAAUGUGGACCAAUAAUCAUUGUGUCCUACACCAAUCACGCCUUGGAUCAGUUUCUUGAGAACUUACUCAAGGCUGGGAUCAAGGACGUGAUGCGCGUUGGGUCCCGCUCGAAAAGCGAGCAGCUCGCAGGCCACAAUCUUCGAGAGAUUGCAUCUAAGAUUAAGUUAAAGGGCGAGAGCAAGGAGAAGAGCAAGAAGCUACGCCAGUCCGUCAAAGAAGCUGCGCAUUCAGCCCAGAAUUCACUGAGCCGUCUCGAUGAUCUUCUUGGCCAUCACGAGGAUGCCAUCACCUCUUAUCUGGAAAAACACAACCCCGACGCCUACUCCUAUCUGUUUGCAAAUAGCCAAAACGUAGACGAAGAUGGCUUCAUGAUUGUUAACCGGCGGAAGAACCCUCGGCCUUUGAAAGCUUGGCUGGAUGGCGAUGGCGAUGGCAGCGAAAAGCGGCGCGGCAUGCCUGAUCGGCCUCUCGAUGUCUUGAGAGGUUGUCACAUCGGAGAGAUGUCCGUCACAGAGCGCCGCGCCCUCUAUGCGUCCUGGAUGGAUGGCAUCACUGAGGAAGUCUACAGAAAGCUGGAGGGUGAGCUUUCGUCUUACAAUGGCGGUAAGGAUAACUUGGAUCCUAUGCGCGACGAGGGAGAUCUCCGUGCGCUGUCUGCUGCCCACGUGGUCGGCAUCACUACCACUGGAUUAGCGCAGAAGCGCAGUUUGUUCAUGAGACUGAAGCCCAAGGUCAUGCUGGUUGAGGAGGUCGGCGAAGUAUUGGAGCCUCAUCUCGUCACAGCUAUGCUCCCUUCGUUGGAGCAUGUGAUCCUCAUCGGAGACCAUCAACAACUUCGUCCCCGGGUUCAGAACUACGAGUUGUCGGUCGACAACCCUCGCAGCACCGUCAAGUUUGACAUCUCUCUCUUGGAGCGCAAAGUGUGCCCCGGGCCACUGGGCGACAGCGGAACUCUGCCCUACAUCACCCUGCAGACGCAGCGUCGUAUGCAUCCUCUGAUCUCCGAGCUGAUUCGGACUGAAUAUCCAAAUCUCGAAGAUGACGCAUCCGUUCACAAGCAUCCCGAGGUGGUCGGCAUGCGUCAACGCUGCUUUUGGUGGAAUCAUGAGAACAAAGAAGAUCGGACGUUUGACGAAGUCCAUACGACAUCGCGGACGAAUGAAUCCGAAGUCGAAAUGGUGGCUGCUCUUGUCCUCCAUCUUGUCCGUCAAGGUGUGUACACUGCUGGUGACAUUGCCGUGCUUACGCCAUACUUGGGCCAACUGAGGAAGCUCAAGCUCAAGCUCGAUAGCCUUUCUACUAUUGUGCUCAGUAAUCUGGAUGAAGACGAGCUUGCCGAAGUCAGUGUUUCGGGGUGUGGAAGCGAUGAUGAGACUGAAGUCGUCAAGAGCCCGUCAGCAACGAGUCGCAGUAACCCCGAAGCGCUUCGUCUCGCGACAGUGGACAACUUCCAAGGUGAACAGGCAAAGGUCAUAAUCAUUUCUCUCGUGCGCUGCAAUGAUGACCGCAACUGCGGUUUUCUUCGAACGCCGAACCGUAUCAACGUCCUUCUGUCCCGCGCGCAGCAUGGAAUGUACAUUAUUGGCAAUGCGGCUACUUCAGCCCACAAGGUGUCUAUGUGGCGCGAGGUGCAAGAGAUUCUGAGAGCCAAGGUAUGUUCACAACGUUUGCUCGAGCACACAGUAUCGCAGUCAACUGACAAUCCUAGGGUGAUCUUGGUGAUCAACUGCAACUCUGCUGCCCUCGCCACCCCGAAACAGCUCUCGAAGUAGUCGGCCCGUCAGACUUCGACAAUGUUUCUCCGGAGGGAGGGUGUCAGCGGCCAUGCGAGAAGAAACUCGAAGGUUGUGAUCACACCUGCGUUGCCAAGUGCCACUCCGAUCAGCUCCACAAGGCUGUAGUCUGCGAGCAGCCUUGUGAUCGCCCCAGGCCGACUUGUACGCAUAAAUGCAAGCUCCUCUGCAAAGACAAGUGCGAGCGGUUAUGCAACGAAGUUGUUGCUUGUGAGAUGGAGCUUGACUGUGGUCAUCGAGUCAGCGAACUUCCUUGCUGGCAGUACCAGAAUCCUUCCGAGUAUCACUGCCGGGAACAGGUCGAGAAGAUCGUCCCUAGAUGUGGCCACGUCGUAUCUGAAGAAUGCCAUCUGUCUGUCGAGGAGACAGCGUACCAGUGCAGAGAGCAGUGUGCUUCACCUUUGGAAUGCGGCCAUGGGAUAUGCGCUCAGAAAUGCUCACAGUGCCGAUUCAAAGGUGAGGAUGGCGAGAUCGUACAGAUUGAGCACGAGCGGUGCAACAAGAUCUGCGGGCGUGAGCUCACUUCUUGCGAGCACUCCUGCCGGAUGCUGUGCCACGCUGGUGAUUGUCCACCCUGCUCCAAGAUGUGCAGUCUCCGAUGCGGUCACUCGCGAUGCACCAGGAACUGCUCAGAGCCCUGCAAGCCUUGCGGAGAGAGCGACUGCGCUUCAGCCUGCCCUCAUUCGAAAUGCACAAUGCCUUGCGCCGCUCCCUGCAACUGGGUCCCCUGCUCGUACCGCUGCAAGAAGACUCUCGGUUGCGGUCACCAGUGCCCGUCCCUCUGUGGCGAAUCCUGCCCACCGGCCAUUCUUUGCCAGAUCUGCGGACACGAGGACAUCAGAGACGCUCGCGCAGACCUCAAUACAUUGACGAAAUAUGGCGAGCUCGACCUCGACGAGACUCCGUGCGUCUUCCUGCCGUGCGGGCACGUAUUCACCUUUGGCAGCUUGGAUGGCUACAUGGAAUCAGGACUCUACUACGAUUUGGGUACCGACAACAAACCGAUCGCUAUCAAUGGGCCUUCAUUACCUUUCUGCAGCGACGGCUUGAAGAGUUGUCCAGAUUGCCGCGCGUCAAUCAGCAGUGUCGCUCGCUACCGUCGCAUCUCCAAGCGCGCACUCCUGGACAGUAACAUGACCAAGCUCAUUACCCUGUCCAACCGGUCGCACCGAUCGCUGGCAGAAGAACUCCAGAAGCAACAGUCCACACUUCGUGGGACCACCGACAAAGCAUCUCUUCGCGGAGAAAUCAACAUCCGCGAUCGAAAUCUGGCGAAUGAGCUGCAGAACCACAACACCGGGGGACGAUAUCGAGCGGCUUCCAGACUUCACGAUCGGAUUCAAGAACACUUGAAGCGAACCGCGAAAGAGGAGCAGCGAUAUCAGAAGGUCCGCGACCUCGUUGAAGAAGCCACCCGUCGCCAUCAGCAACCCGGCGUGUCCACCACCUCCACGACUACACAAGACUUUGAAAUUUUCGAGGGAAGCGUCCUUCAGGUCCGUGGUCAGCUCUUAGCAUCUGCUCUGCUCCUACGCUGCGACCUCGUCAUGGCAACAGACCUGGUCACAGUCUACGAGAAACUCCCCCUCGUGCGUCGAGCACUCAUCACGCUCCUCAUCGACUUCGGCAAGUACCGGCAAGACUGCAUCGCCCUCAUCCAGACGGCGGAGAAGUCAAAGCACGUGCUCCAGCAAGCGGAAGCACACAUCUUCUGGGCCCAGUUCGCGGCGCUGGAACGCGCAUCCAAGACCACCGCCAACGAGGCUCUGAAGCGUGAUGCGAUGGCGCAUCUCGACCUCGCCCGGCAGCUUGUCGAGAAAUAUCCCGGUAUCACCACGACUAUCGAGGAUGAACUCGUCGCCGUUCGCAGGAUGUUGAUGGAUUCCAAAGUCGGCGACAGCGAGGUGCCAAUGGUCGUCGCGGCGAUGGAGGAGGAAUCCAGUGGAUUGGGGCAUUGGUAUCGGUGUGCGAACGGGCAUGCGUUUACCGUGGGAGAGUGUAGAGGGCCAAUGCAGACGUCCAUGUGCCCUCAGUGCAGCGGACCCAUUGGUGGCCAGCAUGUUCAGGCCGCUGAGGGCGUGACGGCCGCUGACGAUAUUGAGCAACAGUUCGGCAACUUGCGGGUUUGA